AUGGCUCGAUAUGUCAACGCUCGUGAAGCAGUUGAUAUGCGGGCUAAAGUGGAAAAACAAAUAGCUAAGAAACAAAAAGAAGAAAAAGAAGAACGAUUACGUGAAUUAGCUCUCCAUGCUCGAACAGAUCGAGCAGGCAUUCGUCCUGCUGAUAAGAGUGAUGAUCAAAGUGCUGAACGUGAUCAAAUUCGACAAGAAAGACAAAAAGAUCGACAACGUGCUGCUGCUCUUCAACGAGCUGGAGGCAAUAAACGAAAUCAUCCAAAAGAACAUGAUAUCAGUGAACAAAUUGCAUUGGGUGUACAAACUGCAUGUAGUACAGGUGUUCAACAUGAUCAACGUCUAUUUAAUAUUAGUUUGGGUGAUGAUGAAGCUUAUAAUAUAUAUGAUCAACCUUGGAAUUUCUCAACUACUGUUGCUUCUCAAAUUUAUAAACUAACAAUAACAACAAAAGAUAAUUUUGACGAUACUGAAGCCUUAAUUAAUGCUUCUAAACGAUUCGAACAAGAACAUGGUUUCAAAGGAGCUGAUCGAGCAGCACCACGUGAGGGCCCUGUGCAAUUUCAACUUGACGAAGAUCCAUUUGGUUUAAGUGAUUUCUUAAAAGAUGUACAACAUGGUAGUGCUGGUAGUUCAGCUCCAUCAGCUAAUGGAUCUUCUGGUUCAUCGUCUAAACGUAGUCAUGCAGAUGAUGGAGAAGAGCGAAUUAGUGAAACACGUCGCAAGAAAUAA